UGCAGGAGGACCUUGAGCAGGAGCAGGUACGGGUCAACUCGCUGACCCACAUGGUGGUGGUGGUGGACGAGACCAGCGGGGACAGUGCCACUGCUGCCUUGGAGAGCAAACUUCAGGUGCUCGGUGACCGCUGGGCAGCCAUCUGUAGAUGGACAGAAGAACGCUGGAUUCUGCUACAAGAGAUUCUUUUGAAAUGGCAACACUUCACAAAUGAGCAAUCUUUAGUUGACUCGUGGCUGACUCAGAAGGAGGAAUUGGUUCGUUCGAUCAAGACCCCCAAUGAAAAGGACCACUCCGCCACAAUGGCUUGCCUGCGCCAUCUUGCCAUUGUCAAGGCAGAGCUGGAUGUGAAGCGCCCCACCAUGGACAAGCUGUGCGCCAUGAGUCAGGACCUGCUCUGCAGUGUCAAGAACAAGGAGGUGGCCAGCAAACUGGAGGCCAGGCUGGAUACUUUGACUCAACGUUGGGAUCGACUGGUUCAAAGUCUGGAUCUCAUCAGCGCCCAGCUCUCACCGGUCGUCACCGCGGCAUCCCCCGAGCCCGAAAUGACCCACUCAGGCACGGCGAGUGUUACCAAGGUGACGAGGGAGAGUGUAGCGGCACUACGCCAAGCCCGAGAGUCCCCACCCCAGAAGAAGAGGCAGGUGGUCGUAGAUUCGGAACUCAGGAAAAGAUUUGAUGUGGACUUCACAGAGCUUCACAGCUACAUGACUCGAGGCGAGGCCAUCCUGCACAGUCCGGAGUUCUCUGUGUCCCGCAAAGAAGGCAGCAUUCAGGACCUUUAUGACAAAGUGCAGCUUAUAGAACGGGAACGACCAGAAAAGUACCGGAAGCUUCAAGAAGCGACGCGCACAGCACAGACCCUUGUUGAGCAGGAGGGGACUCGGGCUGAGGACAUCGCCCAGGCUGCCGAGCAGCUGAACCAGCGCUGGGUCGGCUUUUGUGCUCUGUUGGCAGACAGGCUGGUAUGGCUGGCCUACCAGACAAAGGUGCUGGCAUUCUACAGCUUGUACGAGCAGUGUGUGCAGGCAGUGGAUUUCAGUGAUAACUGGCUCAAGGUUCAGCUGCCACCGUCACCAGAACCCGAGGCGCUCAGGGUGCAACUGGACCGAUGCAGAGAGGAAGUGGCCCGUCUGGCCUCUCUACAACCACAAGUGGAGCUUUUAGAUAAACGUUUGAAGGAGCUGAAGAGGGAGAAAGAUGGGGAGGAGGACGCGUCGGCCUUCCUGGAUGCAGACAUCACCGUCUUCAAAGAACACUACCGCAAGGUUCUGGAGGACCUGAGGGCGAGAGAGAGGCAGCUUCAGCUAAUUUUGGAGAGCUUGCCCCCGGCACGUUAUAAGGAGACGAUCUCCACGCUCUUAGCGUGGUUACAGGAAUGUGAAGCCAAACUGGCGAUUCCAUCCACAGCUGUUACCGAGUAUCCUAUUAUGGAGCAGAGAUUGAAGGACAUGGAGGCACUGCAGGUGGCGCUGACUAGUCACCAGGGGCAAGUGGACUACCUGACAUCUGCUGUGGAGCAGGUCUUCCAGAAAGCUCCGCCCGAAAUCUGCCAGAAGUAUCACGCUGAGAUGGACAACAUCAUGGCACGCUGGAGGCGCCUCGGCACCAUGUUGACAGAUAACAGCAAGACAAUCAAAGAGCUCAUGGCCAAACUCGUGCAGUUUGAGAAUGAUGUGAAGACGUUAAAGAAGUGGAUGGCAGAUGUGGAUGUCUUCCUGAAUGAGGAAUGGCCCGCUCUCGGAGACUCGGAAGCACUGGAGAAACAGCUGGAACAAUGCACGGCCUUGGUGAACGACAUCCACACCAUCCAGCCAAGCGUCAACGGAAUCAACGAAGUGGGCCUGCAGCUGAAGAAGGAGGCGGAGCCCCCUUUUGCCAUUCACAUUCAGAAGGAGCUGGAUGACCUGAAUGCCCAGUGGGAGAACGUUUGCAAACAGGCUUAUGCGAAGAAGUCAGCUCUGAAAGGUGGCCUGGAUAAGACCAUGGCCCUCAGGAAGGAGAUGCAGGAGAUGCAGGAGUGGAUCAACCAGGCUGAGGAAGACUACCUGGAGAGAGACUUCACUUACAAAACACCCGAAGAACUACGCAAAGCUGUGGAAGAGCUCAAACGAGCCCAGGAGGAAGUCCACUCCAAGGAGCUCAAGGUUAAACUCUUGACUGACAGCGUGAACAGUUUCAUCGCCAAGGCGCCGCCCACUGCUCAUGACGCCCUGCGUUCAGAGCUUGACGUACUGAAGGUCAACUACCAGCGCCUCUGUAGCCGCCUGGAUGGAAAGUGCAAAACUCUGGAGGAGGUUUGGGCGUGUUGGUGCGAGUUGCUGUCCUAUCUGAAGCAGGAAAACGCCUUCCUGGACCAGCUGGAGCGGAAACUCGAUGAAAUCGACAACCUCCAAGGAGGAGCAGAGGAGCUGCGGGAGGCGCUAGAUGGAAUCGAGGUUCUCCUGCAACACCCCGAGGACAACAGAAACCAGAUUCGGGAACUGGCCCAAACUCUGAUGGACGGCGGUGUUUUGGACGAGCUCAUUAUGCAAAAACUGGAUGCCUUCAACGCACGAUGGGACGCGCUCAUGGCGAGGGCGUCUCUCAGGCAGAAGGAACUGGCCAAAAGCCUCCAGUGGGCCCAGGAGAAUGACAAGACGCUCGUGUCCAUCCAGGAGUCUCUGGCCAACACUGACCGCCACCUGAGGGCAUACUUGGCCGACAAUAUUGAUGCUCACCAGAUACCUCAGGAGGCUCAGAAGAUCCAGUCAGACUUGAGUGGCCAUGAUGCAUCCUUGGAGGAGAUGAAGAGAAAGAAUCAGGAAAAGGAACCGUCACAGAGGAUGACUGGACAGAUAGAGCUGACACAGAAAAUGCUGACCGACGUGUGGACCAAGUUCCGCCUCUUCCAGAAGCCGGCCAACUUUGAAACUCGCCUGGCUGAGUGCGAACGCGUGCUCGCCGGAGUCAAAGGUCAGGUGGGGGUGCUGGACAUUCGCAGUGUAGAGCAGGACGUGGUGCAGUCUCAGCUGGAGCAGUGCAUGAAGUUGUACAAGGUGCUGAGCGAGGUGAAAGGCGAGGUGGAGACGGUGAUCAAAACGGGCAGGCAGAUCGUGCAGAGGCAACAGACCGAGCAUCCCAAAGAGCUGGACGGGCGCGUGACGGCGCUCAAACUGCUGUACAACCAGCUCGGAGCGCAGAUAACAGAGAGUAAAUUGGAGCUAGAGAAGAGUCUGAAGCUGUCCCGGAAGCUUCGCAAGGAGCUCAUUGGGCUGACAGAAUGGCUUGCGGCCACUGAUGCAGAACUGACAAGGCGUUCCGCUGUCGACGGUGUGCCCAGUGACCUGGAAGCUGAGGUGGCGUGGGCACAGUCCAUCCAUGCUGAGACAGAGAAACGCCAGCCACAGCUGCAGGCCGUGGUGGAUCUGGCCGAGGCCCUGAAAGCCGUUCUUCGGGUCCAUGGCAGCCUAGUGGACGACAAAGUCAGCCUGCUGCACUGCAAUUGGAUUGCUGUCACAUCCCGAGCGGAGGAAUGGCUAAACCUGCUGCUGGCCUACCAGCAGCAGAUGAGGAAGUUAGAUGGACAGAUUGAGGAAGUGAACAGAUGGAUCGACGGAGCGAAUAAAAAGAUGGAUGAGCUCGACGACCGGGGACCCAAUGAUGCUUCGAUAAAGGUCCUGCGUGCCGAGCUGGAGCUGACGAGGAAAAAGAUGGAGGAAGUGAAAACGUUGGCACAGGAGCUGAUGACAACCAGGGGGGAGGAUUGCCAGGCCCAGGUGGGGCCUAAAGUGGAGCUUUUGACCCAGAGAUUUGACACGAUUGCACAACGCAUCGCCUCCGGACUGACGGCAGCAUCGGCCAAAGAACUGGAGCAGUAUCACCGCGAAGCUCAGAUUUGGUUGAAUCUCCUGGAGGAGGAAGCAAAACAAGGCGAGAACCUCAAGGAAGACGACUUCAGGGAAAACAAGGACUGCGAGGAAGGUGCGGUGAAGGAGUUAUUGUUGAGAGGAGAGAAUCUGCAGAAGAGAGCCCCAGAUCAGGACAAGAGAGAACAGAUCAGACUGAAACAAAAGCAGCUCGGCAACAAGUACCAAACCGUCAAGGACCUUCGCGUGCUCAGGAACAGGAAGGCGCUCGCCAUUGCCCCUCAGUGGUACCAGUACCGAAGGAAGUCACAUGACCUCCUGGCCUGGCUGGACGACAUCCAGCGAAGUGUCGAUCAGCUGCCCGACCCUGCGGAGGGCGAGAGGGUCAAGGAAAUUGUCUCACAGACGGCCCGGAAGAAGGAGGAGCUUAAGGAGGUGCAGGGCUUAGCCAAUCAGCUCUCAGAGGCUGGAGCCGCCAGUCUAGUGGAGCCCCGGCAGCUCCAGCUCAACACACGCUGGGCCGAGGUGGAGGGCAAGCUCAAACCCUUUCAAAGGCAAUGUGAUUACCUGGCGGAGCUGCAGGCGCUGCUAAAUUCCGUGGCGGAGGCGGACUUCAAACUGAGCUCCCCGGAAUACUGGCCCGCGGCUUAUUACGACCUCCCUCAACAGGAGCGCUGCCUGAAGGAAGUCAGAGCAAUCAUUGACAAACUGCGUGCUCCGGUGGAGGCGGCGCUGUCUCGCAGACAGGAAGUGGCGGCCACCGCCCGACCUCUGGAGGGCCAGCGGAUCCACCAAAGCGCCACCCAACUUGGAACCAACUGGGACAAACUGAACAAGCUGCACAAAGAGCGGCUCACGCUCUGGCAGGACUGCAACACCAAUUGGCACAAGUUUGUAGCAGACCAGAGGGCGCUCGAGGAAUGGCUUCAUGAAGCUGAGGGUGCCCUCAAGCUAGCCGAGAGCGAGCCGGCAGCACCAAGGCAGCACCUCAGGGACCUGACAGAAGCGAUACCGCUGCAAGAAGCGGCGUUGAACAGAGUGACCUCUGCAGGCGAGGACAUCAGCCGGAUGAGUACGCCGGAUGAUGUCUCCCGCCUCCGAGCGCAACUCAAAUUCCUCACUGCUCGCUGGGCGCAUGUCUGCGAGCAGCUCAAUGAGCGCCAGAGAAGAUCGGCCGAAGCGCGCACGACAGCGGCACAUCUGCAGGAGACGGUGGGUUCCAUGAUGGGUUGGCUCAACAAGGUGGAGGGGCUUCUGGGAAUCCCUCUGCAGCCUGCUGAGCCUCAACACAUCAGAGACACGCUGGGCCAAGUGCAGGCUUGUGUGGAGGAACUUCCGCGCAAGAAAGCAGCGGUGGUGGAGCUGAACAUGCGACAGAUUCCCGCCGACAAACAAAAAGACAUCCGGAUCAUCAACACUCGCUGGGAACAGGUGUCCAAGGCUCUGCCUGAACGACAGCUGGAGAUUGAGAAUCUGCUGAAGGAACUGGAUGGGCUUCAGGUUCAGUUGGACUAUCUGUCCAGCUGGGUGUUCAGAACCAGAACACAUCUGGAGCGCAAUCCAGAGGAACACCCGCCUGGCGAGAACGCCUCUUUCAGUUUGCUCUAG